ACCCGGAACCAUAGCGCCAAACCGAUCUUUCCCUCCCGCCUCCCUCCCUUUCUAAAACCCUCCAUCUCUAGGAUUCUCUUUCUCACCGACCUAGCUUCCUUCUAAAAGCCCUAUUUCGAUUUUUUUUUUUUUUUUGGUUCCUGCGCAAUUUCGAUUGAUCACUAGUCAUUUAAUUGAAGAACCAACUUCGACAAAUUGUCAACCUUUCCAAAAAAAAAAAAAAAAGCUUCGACAAAUUGUCUCAGAUUGGAACUUUCGACUUAAAUAUUUCAUGGACACCAGUUCUGUGAACCAUAUUGAAGUUCCCCUUGAAACUGCCUCUGGGGAUCCCCAAUGUGACGAUCCUCAAUUGCAGAAUGAUCCAUUGAACCAUUUUGGAUCAGUGCAUUGUUCGAGUGAAAAUGCUGACAGUAGGAAUGGAGAUGCGUACAUUAAUGAAGAUCCUAGUAGUUGUUCUCAAGAUUCUGUUAUAGCUUCAAAAGCCUUUAAUUUGAAUAGAAGUGAAUUGCCUAAGAAGAAUGAGGUCAACUUGUCUAAGAUUGAACCUUUGGAUGCUUCUGGUCGAAAGUUAUCUAAUGGACAAAAUUCUUCUCAACGGCAGCGUGGUAAUAAGAUUAACGGCACACCUCCAACUACAUCUUCCACGGUUUCUCCUUCAGUUAGGGCUUUAGAAAGCAAAAGACAAUCAGGUCAAGCUCAGCGGAGUAAGUCAAUUCAUUUAGGCAACGAUCCUCCAUCUCAUGUUAAGAGGAGGAUUCCAGCUCUUAAAGAUUCUGCAUUAUCUAUUAAGAGGAGCGGGGCCCAAAAGACUCCAACUGCUCACCAAGUUUGGCAGAAAAAGACCAAGGCCGAACCCUCGGCUUGUCAAUCUAAAUUAUCCUCAAGACAUACCGCUCCCACCUACGAUAUCACUUCGAAUGGUGAAUCUAAAGGUCAACCGGGUAAAGGACAGCAGAGUAAGCCAAAUCCGCCAUGCAAAGAUCCUGUUAAGAGGAGUGGAAACAAUAAUAAUCCAGCUAUUAAAGAUCCUGUUAAGAGGAGUGGAAACAAUAGUAAUCCAGCUCUUAAAGAUCCUUCAGCAUCUAUUAAGAGCAGUGGGACCCAAAAGACUUCAGCUACUCAACAAGUAUGGCAGGAAAAGACAAAGGCCAAAUCUUCGCGUAGACGACGAUCUAGAAGAUCCUCAAAACAUACUGAUCCCGUCCACGUCCAUCAUAUCACAUGGAAUGGUUUGGAUGAAUUAUGUGAACCAGAAGGUCCAGUACCCCUUGGUCUGAACUGUCACAUAUGUGAAGAUGAUCUGUCAUAUGCACCAAGAGACGAUGAAGCCGAGUAUUAUGAAGGAUUUGAGCAAAAUCUUCCAGAGGUUGCAGUUCUAUUAUGUGGCCAUGCCUUCCAUGUCAAAUGCUUGCAGUUCCUCACGUCUGAUGAAGGAUUGAGUGAUCCUCAGUGCUACUUGUGUUCCAGUUGCUAGCAAUGGAACUCUUUGCCAAUUUUUAACCAUUGUUGUCCCAAAAAUUUUGCUCCUGUAAUUAGAGAAAUGGAAAAGGAAAAGGAAAAGGAAAUUGAAAAUUUGAAUUGCUACUGCUUGAUACAGUAACUUACAAUUGUACAUGAAAGGGUGAUAAUAUAUGCAGCUACUAGUGUGUUCGCAAGUGGUGAAUUUGUUAAUUUGACUAGACAAAUAGCGGAAAUUAUGCUGCCUUUAUUGUUUAAGCCUCAAGUAUUUGUAGUUUGACUUCAAUAACAUUGUCAAAAUUAGGCAUAUUAGUUUGGACCAAAAUGUCUUGGCAAAUGCUUGUCAUUAUCGGUUUUUGACAUGAAAUUAUUUGCUUUUGCUUUAUAUUAUUUAAAGAGAAUUUGA